AUUAAAAUGUUGAAAUACAAAUGUCUCAAAGCGGAUCUGUUCAAUAGAAAUGAAUGGUUUUAAUAAAAGUUAUCGCUGUGUCAACUUUUAUUAAAACUACUAGCCAAAAUGGCUGUGGCCUGUGAAUAAGGCCCUCCACAUAAUAUGCAUAAAAAUACAAUAUAAUGGCUUUCUCCAUCCUCAGAAACGUCCGAUUCUCAAUGUUUAUUCUGAUAUUAUUAUAGAGGAAAAUUGGUUUUGAUAAUUACACGUUAACAAGCGUCCUCUAACUAAGGCAUACUAGGACCCAACAUAUUGAUUAUGGACAACCCUGUAAUAAAAAAUAAAUAAUAAAACCGAUCAGAAUAAAAAAUAUUACCUGACGCCGAAAUGAGUGUCAUUUCGUGCUACCACUGCCUUGCGUUGUGUGUCGACAUUUUUAUUUAGAUCUAUUUACUAAAGCUGUUUUGUGUUCGUAGUUCAAUUGCCUCUGUAAAAUCAAGAAAGCUGUUAAUAUUACAGCUGGCUGUUAUUACAAAAGUGAACACUACCUUUAUAUUUCUUCUGACGAUGGUCAAGCUGUAAGGUGCUAAUUAAAAACUUGACGGUUUGUAAUUUGCCCUUUAUGCCAACGAAAUGACAAAUAAUUAUGUGUACAUGAGUAUAAAGAGAGCUUCGUUUGAAUAGUUUCUAAUUAGUCAUCAAUAUUUAAUUGAUGCCGGAAAGUUGUAAUGGUUAUAAAAGCAUAGUUAUCAACAUCUUACAGCUCAAAGCACGCCAAGUUGCUGACUGAAAGAAAUCGCCGCUUUAACAUAUAAUCAUAGAGAAGUAGUGAAAACGCGAAAACCUCUGAUUCCGGAGAAGCCAAACAGACUUUUAAGAUUUGUAGUUUCGUUGCAGGGUUUAAAGUUUAUUCUCCAAGACACGUUUUGUUUAACUGCUCAAUCGACAGGCUUUAAGUAGUUUAAUCUGCAUUGGUUAUAUUCGGAUCAAUAUCCUAGAGACAGAGCAAUUAAUUUUCAUCUGGUUUCUUUGCAAAUAUAUCCUCUAAGAAAAAUUUACAGAUACGACUACAGGUAAGAAAUGUUAUGAGUUUGAGGCUAGAGAAAUUAACCAAAUGAUAAGAAUCGCAAAAAGAAUAUGUGGGAUUAUUCAUUCUCCUAGAACCUAGAGAGUGUUGUUCACAAAUUGCUUAUUUCUACUAAUUUUGGUUAUGCCCUAAAAUUGUUUAUCUUGGUUCCGAAAUAUAAGCCUAAAGGAAUUCCAGUAAUAUUUGCAUCAUCGCUGAUAUUAAUUUCUAACUGAACAAGCUAUCUAUUUCUGCAUGCUCUCGUGUAUCGUCAAAGUACAAGAUUAUCGUGAAAACAUAUAUAUCAUAUGCAGCAUUAUGGCGCACUAUAAUAUUAGACAGUGUUUAAAGUUUCUGACAAUAGUUGGUUGCAACCCAGGAAUUCAAAAUAGUAGACUUCAACUGGUUUUGUAUGUAUUUUCUACCAGUGGAUCAGCAGUCAUAAUUUUACUAGCGAUAUUGCUGUUUUUCUGCUCCGAGGAUGCUCUCACCAUCGAAGACAUUGCCAACAUAUUUUCUACUAUUAUCGCGUUUGUUUAUGUGAUUUCCAAACUCACCAUGAUGUACACAAAGAAACGUGAAGUCCAAGAUAUGCUAAUAAAAGUUGAUAAGUCAUUCUGGAAGAUUGACGACACGGUGAAUCCAAUGGAAAGGCAAACGUACUUGAAAAUUACAAAGGAAACAAGGCAAAUGUUUCAUUUGCUAGUAUUUCUAUUCAUGUUCUGGUUGUUUAGUACGUUUGGAAUAUACAGUACCCCGAUGGAGUCUUACAGGCCACCUUGGAUUCCUCUAACCCCGUUAAUUGCAUUUGAAAACGUAUUCUGCGUCCUACUGGUUAUCACCAUAAUCACCAUAGACGUACUUAUCAUGACAAUAGUUAUCUUGACUACCAUUCAAUUCAAGAUGGUUAGUGCAGAGGUAACAAAACUGUUCACAGAUACUUCUGAAAUGCGAUAUACGCAGAAUACUUUCAAUCAAAAGCUGAAAAAGUUGAUUGACCAUCAUAACUUUCUGCUACACUUCGCAAGUCUGAUAAAUCAAACAUUCACUGUGAGUAUGGUGGUAUACGUCGGAAAUAUCGUGAGCCUUCUUUGCAUUUACAUGUAUCAUUUAUCUAUUAUGACUACCCCAAAUAUCUACACCAUCAGAGAUUUUUUUGUACUACUGUUAACUCUGUAUGGCUUCGUAAUAUGCUAUUGUUGGCCUGCACAAAAUUUUGCAGAUGAGAAUGAAAAAAUCAGAGAUUCCGUCUACUCUUCAAACUGGUAUGAAUAUUUGAGGUUUUCAAAACCUAUCCUGAUGAUAAUGAAGAGGUUAGAAUUGAAGGUUUCAAUAUCAGCGGGCGGUAUAGCUAAUAUCAAUUUAGAAACAUGCUUGAAGGUGGUGAAGCUAGCUGUGUCAUAUUACAUGUUCUUAAAAAAUACGGCAAAUUAAUGAUGAAAUGAAGUGAAUUGAUAAUCUUCAAUAUAAUCUACGACAGUCCAUUGGAUUCACCAGAGUAACCCCGAGAAGCAUUUUGAACUCGGACGCAAUUUCAACAUAGAUAUUUUGUUCGAUGUAUUUACUUGUAUAUUCGGUUAAUAAACUGACUUCUUAUACGGAUUAA